UGCUGUUAGCUUCUUUCAGCGUCAGUCAGACUGAACAGAGACGCGCCAACACUGCACAAUCCGUAAUUACCAUCAUGGGGGCACUGAUAUCUCGAUGGAAGACAAAGCCAACCACAGUGGAGCAACUGGAGAUCCUGGACAAGGAGAUUAAAGAGCUGGAAGAGUUCAGAGCCAAAAACCAACGUCUGCGAAAGCUGUGGGUCGGCCGGUUGCUUCUCUACUCGUCAGUCCUUUACCUCCUGACCUCUCUGGUUGUUUACUGCCUCUACCUGCCUGAGCAAUGGUUGCACAGACUGGCCAUGGCGCUGCCUUUCUUCAUAUACCCUGUGCUGGUGUGGUUUCUCAGGAAAUUACUGAUUUUCCUCUUUUACAAACGCACAGAGAGAAACAAUGAUAAACUAGAAGAUUUAAAGGAUUUCAAGAGAAAGAUUCUGGAAGAAGUCAUGGAGACAGAGACAUAUAAAAAUGCCAAACUCAUCCUGGAGCGCUUUGAUCCUGAAUCUAGGAGGAGGGCUGAGCUGGAGUUGACUCCAGUGCUUCCUCAGAUGCUUCCCAGGGCAGGGCAAGAGCUCAGACAACGGGUUGCAAUUAGACCCAUGCCAAUGGGUACAUCAAUGGGUACACCAAUGGGUACACCACUGGCUGCACCAAUGGGUACACCACUGGCUGCACCAAUGGCUACACCAAUGGGUGCACCAGUUGCCAUGGCAAUGACUCCACUACCUGUAGCAAGGACCCCAUUAGGACCAGGGGGCACACCUGUGGCUCCAGGAGGACCACCCGAGAGAUCUGCUCUGUCUCCCUCAGUUCUACAAGGGGCAGUACCCAGGAUCCACUGCUCUCCAAUACCAGGAGUGGGCAUGCACCCUCCAGGUCCUCCACUAGCAAGACCUAUUCUCCCCAGAGACAGAGGAGCUGUAGAUCGAGUCAUUGAGUACCUGGUAGGGGACGGACCGCAGAACAGAUACGCAUUAAUCUGCCAGCAGUGUUUUUCUCACAAUGGCAUGGCUCUGAAAGAAGAGUUUGAAUACUUGGCAUUUCGUUGUGCAUAUUGCUACUUCCUGAAUCCGGCUAGGAAGACGCGUCCUCAGGCUCCAAGGCUUCCAGAGUUCAGCUUUGAGAGGAGACUUCGGUCAGAAUCACAUUCACCUGGACCAAGACUGCGUUCUGCAACAGACACAGAGGAGAGUGCGCCCCCCUCUGGAGCCAAGGCUCCAGCUCCAUGGAAUCUGGUCCACAGCUUCUCCACUUUCCAGAUCCAGCGUCCAAAGAACCCCCAGACCCGACCUCCGCAGAGUCCAGAUGAGAAAGAAAUGGAAGAAGAUGCAGAAUCCACUAAAGAAGUAGUGAAUGAAAGUCAGUCAGAGGAGCAGCUGCAUCAGCAGGAGGAGGAAGAGUUAAAUCAGGAGGAGGAAGAGGAGGAGGAAGAAGAGGAGAUGGUAGAGGAGACACACCGCGCCCCUUAUGAGACAGAGUCUCGACCAGCGUAGGUGCGGGACAUCCAGAAGAGGAUGAUCAGGGGUGUCUGAUCAAUGUGUCCAUGCUAAAGGUGUUGUUGUUGUUGGCCAUGACAGACGGGUGACAUUUAAAGCAAGACAAAUGGACUAGGAUAGUUUGAUCUGAUCUUUCGUCCUUGUAACCAAAAACCAAUUUCAACUGCAAUUUAGUUAUUCAUCACAAAAAGACCAACAUAGGUAAGACUCUGAGGAGAUUAUUCUUUACAAAUAUUUAAUAUUCAAUAUUGCUUGAUUCAUGCCAACAUAGCAUGGCCUUGACACUUUGACUGGCUCCCUGCAAACAUGUUGAUGAUUGUAGUUUUAAUCCUAAGGCUGAUCCUCAGUAGUAUGUUUACUAAUGCUCCUCUGUAUGUCAUUACAUGGUGACAAUCUGACUUAGUUUUAAUAUUUUAAGAUUCACAUAGGUUUUUUUUAGGUUUUAAGUUGCUGGCUGUUAUAUAAUGUUAAUGAAAAGUGUUAUGAUUUUAGAUGGACAAACUCACAAUGAAAUCUAAAUUUCUUCCUGGAACCUUAUUUUCACUCCACUAGUUCUCACUGAGGUUAAGGAGAAACAAAGUGCAUUUAAAAACAAACCUUGAGUGAAUCAGGACAUGCUCAGUUGUGUUUACAGUAUACGGAUACAAGUUUCAAGGUUUGGCUGUAGCUUUUUUCUCUUCCUAGUUUUAAUCCCUCAGUCAGACUUUUCGCCUAAAACUUUUACUCCCAAGCACUGAUGCUUGCACAUAUUUUAUUGUAAUUUCUUGAGUGUUUCUUUUUUAUAUAUAUUUGAGCGCCUUCUCUCUGACCAGACGGGCUUUAAAUUAUAUACUAACAAUCAACUGCAGUGUGUGCAUUUGGAGCAAAUGCACUGCAGUUGUGCAUAAAUCACCAGUAGCACUGUGUCCAUAGAUAGCACAGUCAAACAGUCCAAAUCAGAGGGGGGGAAGUAUAGUAUAGAAGGCAUUUAUGGAUAAGUGGCAGCAACAUUGGGAUCUAGUAAGAGAUGUUUACUCUGUGCUUGAGUGUGGUGACAAUGGUCAGGGUACAAUGUGGCUGGAUAAUGUAGGAGUCUUUUAAAUCCAGAAGAUGGCAGUGGUGUAACAUCAUGGAUGCAAACUGCUGUGAAACCACAUGGAAGAAGGAUGACCGUAGCAAAAAGAAACUAGCUUCUAGAAAUGGGUACAUUGACUAUUGUGUUUACGCUUUUAUUGUAUUACAAAAGUUAUAGAACAAAUAUCAAUUUAUUUUAGCCAUGUUAAAUGUCCUACAUGCUCAUGCAUCUGUCUGGCACACUAUGCUGAUCUCUCUGCUUCAACCAAACAAAAAAAUGAAGCCAUCCACUGUUGACACAAAACAGACAAGUGUGUGUAGGGCAGAGUUGUUUAUGUUUUAAGACUAAUUUCCUAAUAACAAUUAUAAUGAUCUUUAUUUAUAUGGCACUUUUCACAAAGUGCAUUCAAAAUGAAGUAAGGUAUCAGCUUUGAAGCACUGGGGGUAAUGCUGCUGGUUGUGGUUGUGUAGAAUGAGUCAGGAUGAGUUUGCUUUCCUCAUCAAGUUUUUGUUUUGCACUUUUAUAAAAAAGAAAAAAUUUUUUAUUUCAGAUGUGUUUUUUACCUGAGCUAAUUAUUACCUUGAGUGCAUCAAUGUUGAUGGACAUCACUGAGUGUGAAGCCACUGAAUUAACUGUGACAAACAUAUCAGAACAAAAUGGAGCUACAACUGCCAUUUUCUCUAUUUGGUCAUUGCCACUCUUGAUUCUACAGGUGAUUUUUUUAUAUGCCAAAUGCAUCGUUGUUUUAUCUGAAUUCUCUGACAUGAAUUGCACUGAUUUUCUGUUUGUAUUUAUUUGGCCAUAUUUUGUUUUAACCUGUAGUUCAAGCAUUGCGCCACUGUUUAUCCGGAACUUCCACACUUGGGUUCUGUAGCGUCAGGAAGAUUAGCAGGUAUAGAAAUACCAACAUGAUAGCUGUGGUGCCAUCAUGACAUUUGCCUGGGUUGCUGCUGAUAUAUUCAUUAUAUCCCCUGAUAUACCCCUUUGUCGAAGACCCAGAAGCAAAGAUUGGUGCUGUGAACAGCACAAGUAUCCUUGUUUUUACACAUGCACCCACAAAAUAUGUCCAUGUUUCUUUUUAGUGUUUGACCUCUCAAAACCUGCAGCAACCCAGAAUCCUUUGGCAAAGAUUUGUCAGAAGGAUUUUAGACUCUGAAUCAGUACCGGGCAGGAUUGGAUUAAUGUUAUUUGUUGAGGAAAGACCAUGCUGUGGAUUACAUGUCACCUGCCACCACAGCUUUACAUUUGAUUUUAUUCCAAUUGUUUCCUUGCAUGAGGCCCCUGUCUCUCUAGCAACAGCAAAUGGUUGCAUCAUGGCACCUUUACCACCUCACUAUUGUGUUUAGCUGGUACAUUCCUGCCAGUGCUCCUGUCAAGUGCAGGCAUAGUACGUCUAAUAAAGUUCUUAUAACAACAAAAUAAAACAAUUGCACUUUCAUGAUUCCAAAAUG